AUGUCAUUCGGAGGAAGUCGGAUGAGUUCUCGGAAAUCCUUGGCGAUACGCGAUCCUGCCACCCAGGAAAAGGUGGAUCUUCUGAACAGGCUCAACAUCGACACAGUGAUACUGAUGCGUGAAAUCAACCAGGAUCUCGUGGAUAUCAAUAACAUCAUAAGAAAAUCGCUGAUGCCUGUGAUCGAGAAAUAUGGCGAAAAUUGUGAAAGCAUACGGGAUAGUGUUGAAAUCUGGAAACAUUUCUUUGAGGCCAGCGCAAAUGUUGAUCUUGAAGGUUUUGUGGAUGAUGAAUCCCAGCGUAUAUUGGCAGAUUCGAACACGCACGUGUUCGAUGUUGGAAGAAAGAGCCUCGGAGCAUCGACUCCUAAUAGAAUCGAUACCAGUCCGUUGAAAGCGGAAACCACAUUGUCUCCUGUGAAGAGAGCAACUGGUUUGGACAUCACCACCGGAGACCUCUUCAACCUGUCGAAAGAAAUGCACCGGGUUUCUCCAAACAAGGCUUUCAGGGUUCAGAUAACACACGACAGAUCUCUUCGUCAGAUAAAUGAUACAAAUACGCCUGCAAGAGCGCUGAAAAAGAGCAAGAUCCACGAUGAUGACGCAGGUGAUAACGAUUUUGAUGACUCGCCUUCCCUGCACCCACCAGUUCUUGAAUCGGAAAUGCAAUACUCGCCGAUAAGAAAAAAACCAGGCAUUUACAACAAGUUCUCGGAUCCCUUGACUUUGCCUAAUCUCAAAUUCGGAAAUGGUAAUCCUGAUAACUCGGACUCCUACUCUACCUCUCUAACCCAGCAACCCGUGCUCAGCGAGUAUGGAAGACUACAGACUCUACAGAAUAUCACUGACGGUCAUAGCCAGUCAAUCGACCCUAUCGCACCUACUUUGACUGCGAUAAGCAUGAACGCACUGAGCGCAGUACCCGAAGAGACCUCCGAGUUGGCGCCUCCCAAGCUCGCGUUUGAAGAUGAGGAAAAUCCGUUUAAGGAAUAA